AACAACAAAAAAAUAAAAAUACCUUUUUCCUUCCUAGGCAGCUAGCUAGCAUACAAAAGAAAAAAAAAAUAAUUAUUUUAAUAAAUAAUGCCCAUUAAUUAAACUAUAUUUGUGUGUGUAUUAAGUAUUAUCUAUAAAAAAAACAACAAAGUAAAAACCAUGAGUGAUCCAGACGAAAAUCCACCUCAUCCAAUAAUCACGCCUCGCAGUUCGUUGGGUUCAGGCGCCCUGUCUUGUUCUAGCGGUUCUUCGAUUUCUCCAUCGACUAGUUCUAGUACUGCAUCAAAUUCCGCUAAAACUGCCGUUAGUGAAUGUUUAGGAGCAUGGUUGAAUUAUUUGCAGGUCUUGAACAAUUUAUGUGCUUCGGGAUACCGUUUGGCACAAACUCUAUCAGCAUUAGAACAGUGGGGUCAUCAAAGUAUUGAACAACAACAACAACAAACUAGUUCAAUUGGCCAACAACAACAACCUCAACCAGGAUCUACAUCUUCAUCAACUUCAACUCAAUUUACAGGUCCUUGGGACGAUUUAGCUCGAGCUACUGCAGUUGCCACCUCCACCGUUAAAUCACACAUAGUUUCUGUUUUACAAGAUUUCAUUUCUCCACCUCCUUUGGGACCGAUUGCAACUACUUUUGCAGGUGGCGCUGAAGCAACGGUUUCGGGAAUACAACAAUCUACACCUUUACCGUUGCAACAACAACAAGAAGCUCAAACUCAAGAUCAUCAAAGAACUCGUGAUCAUAAUCAACAGAUUAUUCUAGAGAACGCUCAAACAAUGAUUAAUAUUCAACAUCAAUUUUGUGCCGCCAGUUAUGAUGCUUUUUCAUCGUUGAUGUGCUGUUUUGUAUGUCAGGCACCGGUGGGCUUUGCACAUGACCAGGAAUGUGCUAUGAUACAUCAAAAACCAAGCCUCCCUUCUGAUGGGAGAUCACAGACUCCUUCUCCCCAUUUCGGGCCAAUGAUACAUCCAAAAACAGAAGCUUUUCGAGGACCUACUGCAACUGAUAUUCGUGGCACAAUGUUUGGCUCCGGUUCCACCCAUGCUUCAUCCGAACAUGUUUAUGCUGGCAUGGAUCAAACUCGAGGAGCAUCACCGCAUCAAGAAAUUCGUGGCCCUAGCCCAAUUCAGGGCUUUCUAGACAAUGUUCGUGGUCCUUUACCAAAUCCAGGAACACUUCUCGGAAUGAAAAUGCCCUUCUAUCGUGGUUCCAAAUCACCACUCAAUUUUCCACUAUUUCCACUCAAUGGACAACGCCGCUGGUCCGAAGCAGCUGCUGGUGAAGUACGCAGUGGAGAAUCGGCAAUCGAUGCUGAGAGUCAAAUGCGUCGUUGGUCAAUGCCAUGGGAAGCAUCUAAGACUGAUAAGAACACUGUCACUUGGCAUCAAACACGCAUAAUGCCAACCUCGAAACUGGCAGUUCCAGCAUCUAAAGCUAGUUCAGAAAGAAGUCCUAGCACUACUCCCGAUUCAUUUGUCAAGGAUUCAAUGUGGCAAAAUGCUGUCAGCAGUCAAGAUGGCUUAGCUGAAGCUAUCCAACUUCUUUCAUGUCGACCUGCACCUCGUCCAUUCGGUCUGCAACAGCAGCAAUCUUUGCCAACGCAACAAUUACCACCAAUGGGUCCACCGUUUAUUGAAGAGCCCGCUGCCUAUGAAAUGUGGCCAACCGAAGGAAAUGAAGAUCGUUUACCUAGUAUUAAAUUUCCACUGCGCGAAAAGGAACGCGAUGACACUAAUCCAUAAAUACACAGAAUCACUCUGACACGCUUAUUAGGACUAAUUACGUAAGAUAUUACGUAAUCAUUAUUACUUUGUGUUAUUUAAAUGAAAGUAAAAAAGUAUGUAUAUUUUACCUAUAAUUUUAUUUAUUUUUAAAUGUUUAUGUAAAUUUCUUAAAUGAAAUAUUUAUCUUAAUUGUAAUCUAAAUCUACACAUCACACAUUAUACUAUUUUUAAAACAAAUUUUUUU